AUGGAUCAUUUAGUGCCUGUUAUCCAUAAUCAAGAUGAUGAGCCUUCUGGUAGUUGGAGCAAUGUACAUUCGGAGUCCCUUCCUGAGGGUUCUGAUGGACCUCCGCCGCUUACAUUUAUUGACAACCACAGUAGCGAAUGCUUUGAGGACCAUGGAGCUCUGCUCAGACCUUGCACGACCUCCGGGCAAUUCGUCUUUGAGCUAGGAUGGUUUGUUCUCUCAAAGCUAGUUCCGAUGCCUAGCGAUCGGGAAAAGAUCUUAAUGCCUGUUAAAGGAUACAUUUCUCAUUCUGGAGAUGUACCAUCGCCCAUUGAGAAACCACCGCCAGAAAUAAUGUUAGAGAUUUUCCAAUUUUACAUCUCUUGCAAUAUUAGGUGCGAGCCUUGGACGGAUCAUUCUCUUCAAAUAUUUGGCCUUCUCUCUGCUUCACGCCGACCUUGCCUCAUGGUAGGCUGCCCAGCUCUACAACUCGCGAAGGUUUGUUCAAGCUGGCGUAAAACAGUGUUGGGUAAUUCCUCUCUGUGGUCGUCGUUGUAUAUCGAAACCGAGUCGUUAAACACCUAUCCACAACUCGCGUCGUUGGUCAAGCUGUACAUUGUAUACUCUCGUUCUGCGCCACUCACCUUCUUCAUACGUACACAAGCAGAAGCGACCCAUGAGAUGAACCAGACCCUCAACCUCCUUAUAGAAAACUCAAAGAGGUGGAAAAGUGCCAAAAUAGACAUUGCAGAUUCAGGGUUCACACCGAAUUUUUUGCUUAGUCGAAGCCUCAAAAAUACGUGUGGAAUCUUGGAGCUCUCUGUACCAACUCCCAACCUGGAGGAUUUAGAAAUUGACAACCAUAAUUGGCGUAAUACUGCCUGCAAAAUAUUUCCUGUUUGCCCUAGGUUGAAGAAGUUUACUGCUAAUCAUCUAUCUUGGGGCCCUGCUUUUACUGGCCAUAAUUUCUUCGAGCUAGUUGAGCUCCAUAUGGGCUCUGACGGUGGCCUUUUUGGGCCCUCCAUUGCUCAUUUUUUGCUGGGAAUGCCUUCCUUGCAAACAGCCAGUAUAGCAAAGUUUUGCAAAACUGAUGAUGUUGCUGCUGAAUUAACCAGUCCGCAUGAAUCUUCUGUUACCUCCUUGAGAAUCUGGACCGGUACGUUCCAGUGUCCAACUGCAUGGAGGGGACUUGAGUUUCCUCAGUUGAAGACCCUGGAAGUUUUUCACCCUGCCACAACAAUAGAUCUAGAAUAUACUUGUUUCACAUCAAUACUGCACUCUGCUUCUUCAUUACAGGUAUUGGAACUCAAAUGCCUUCCAGAAGAGAUGGCUGUUGCCUUUCUUGCUGCAUGUCCAUCGAUAAGCACUCUGAGCCUUCUACUUCAAUACCCUGAUGGCACCGAACUACUUAAACGGAUGAUGCUAGGCUUAACUGAAUAUCCUAUUGCCUCAAAGCUGUCAUCGCUCAUUAUCCGCGUAUCUACCCUUAAUUAUCGAUUCUUGCAAAUGCCUGGUUCGCACCUCAGACUUCGCCAAUUUCGAACCCAAUUAUCAGAAACUCUACGUCUACUACUAAAAUCUAGAAGUGCUUCACUGCAGUCUGGUCUCCAUUGCUCAUCGUAUCAUCUGGAGCACUUUGUCUUAGAUGUGACCGACGUCGAUGAAGGCAGGGAAGAGGCCUGGUCCAAGCUGUCCUUGCUGGCACCAGGGUUCAAGACUUUCAAAAUCAUACGCCGAAGGUUCCGAGUCGGAAACGAAUGGACUUCGGAAUCACUUCAAAGCGCUCUAGAAAUGUGA